UAGAGAACUAAAGAAGCGUUCUGAUCUGGCGAACGAUCUGCAAGACGUUUUGGCAAUGGCGCCGCCGUCGUUUUUUCUUCGUUGCGCGCCAGCACGCCGAAGAAGUAGCUGGUUGGGUGAUGGAGACUGCAUCAAGAUAUAAUCCUACUUGCCCAUUGCCGGUCGUAUGUGUGUAUGAAUGUGUGUGUGUGUGUGCAAGACCGCGAUAGACACUGUCGCAUUAUUACUCGAGCGCACGCACGCACGCGGGCGCAUGGCAUUCCAGUGUAACGCUAGAGAAUGGGCGGUGAAGUCUGAAGUGCCGACUGGCUGGGCUGGUAGCGAGUGUCAUGUACAAUGUUUGUGACACAGUCUGCAUGCCGGAUCUCGUGACCCCAGCAAUAGCGUUCCGUCACGCCGAGACACUUGCCCUCCUGGCAGACCAGGCGUCUCCGGGACACGAUCAGUCGUGUGGAAUGCGUGGCGCUGCACACGCGAGAUUGAAGCAGUACCGCGGCGCCUUCCAAUGGCAGUUCCAAGAGCGGUCAAGCGGGUACUGUAACAUGAACAAUGCAUUAUUAUGCAUUUCGUCGCAGGGAUGGCUGGCUGCUUGACGCAAGUCAUUCGGCUCUAGCGCGAUCCACGCCAGUGCGCACAGAUCGUAGGUUCCGUCGCGCGCGUUCGAUGGGGUGAUUGACCGAGGGAGGGACGAGGCUGCAGCUAAAGAGGUCAGGCAGGUAAGGUUGUACAGUAGUCGGGAGGCAAGAGCAAGAUGCGAAGCUUAGAUGCUGGAAAGAGGGUCCUGCGGGUCAUGAUCGAACAACUGAAGUUACUGCACUGGGCUGGCCUGGCGGGCUGGGCUGGCCUGCCGCUGCUCCGCCGCCGCUCCGCUGGUCGAAAGGUCGCGUCGCUGCAGAGGGCCGCCCGCAUGCACGACCACGGGCGUUGCAGAGUCCAUACAGUAUACUCAGUGUGUAUUGGCCUGUACGGCGAGUAUAUGAGCCAGGCCCGGUUAGGCAGUACUGUCGGUCUGUCGGCGCGCCGCUGGCGACUCGAGGGAAGACGGGCGGGCGGGCGGACGGGCGGACGGGCGGUGAAGUGCUCGCGAGAACAAGGCUGUUGUGACUGUUUGUGACUGUUGGUGACUGUUGUUGUAGGGCCGGCUGGUAC